AUGUACACACAUCCUUCGUCAAACGUACCGUUUCGCCCUGGUGAUUGGAUGUGUCCGAAUCCCAGCUGCCUUUUCCAGAACUUUGCUUCCAGGACUCAUUGUAUGAAAUGUGGUACUGCGAAUAUGGGAUAUGAUGCUUAUGGAAAUCCAACCGGGGAUCAAGGAGGAUACGGAGCGAGCGCAGGACAUAUGCCAACAGCACCAGCAGCAGCACCGUUUCGUCCGGGUGAUUGGUAUUGCCCGUCGUGCAACUCUCAUAAUUUCGCGUCACGGUUUCAGUGUCUCAGGUGCAAUCUGUCGAAACCUCCACAAGUUGCGAGUAACGCCGCCAAUACUGCAAAUAUGAAGCCUGGUGACUGGUUAUGUCGGGGCGAAAUGUGUGGAUAUCAUAAUUUUGCGAAGAGAACUCAUUGUGCUAAAUGCGGUAUGCCCAAUAGCAGUGCCGAGAAUGGAUAUUGA